AUGGUCAUCAUUGACUCUUCAAUUUGGGACGAAGCAAACCCUGCGGUCAGCUGUGGAGAAGAGUGUGUCCUAGUGUUACCUCCCUACCCUCUACCUACUCCAUCAGUUGUCACAUUUGAUGAGGGCUUUGAAACGGUACUCAAUGUGGCAUGGGAAACCCCAUCAGUGACGACGCUUCCUGACGGAGAAGUUAAAUCUACUAAUGGCAUAACACACAUUCUCCAGACAACUACCAUCACACUUCCCCAUAUGACUGUCGAUGAACUCCACUUAUGGCCGGUGACCGUGCCCACUCAGACCACGAAGACUACCAUCUACGCGAUGGUGCGGUUUCCUCCUCAAACCUUAGUCAUUACAGAUGAUCCCAAUCCUGUUUCGGAGACUGGCGGAACCCAUUCUCCCGUCACCCGCAGCAUAACCAUCCCCCCUUACCCAUGGAAUACAGAAUCAGCGAGCGACAGUCGGGUCAAGCCUGUCACCUACACCAGUGCUCCAGACAAGAAGAAUGGACCGCCUUGUAUCAAUCGUGCAAAGUGUGAUAUUCCCUGCUUGCUGCCAAUCUUUUGCCACGGUCCUUGCGUGAAGAAUUGUGGCGGCGGAGGGUUUGCUGCUUUCAACGAUCCCCAUCCUUUGCCAAAUCCCGAACCAGGGCCAGACGAAGAUCCGGACGAUGAUGAUGAUGAUGAUGAUGACUGUACCCAGACUGCCACCGUUACCGAUGAAUGGGUGUCUUGCAAGACUAUUGACUCGACAUCCACCUCAUGCACCACCACAAGCUAUCACGUCCACAUCGGUUGCCGGGCGACUGCAUCGGCCACAACCACUGGGGUAGAUGCCUGCUAUUCUGUGGACCCGUACGAGGAUCAAGGGGAAGACGGUGGAGUACCUUCUGGCUAUGUCACAACGACCGAUGAUCGUAGGAUCACCACCACUACUCGUGAAGUGCCAAGCACUACUACUCAACGGCCGGAGCAGACACAUACUGUUGAUGGAGGUGUCCUGAAAUGCAUGUCAGACAACAAUGACUACAAGCAGGGAGAUCAAGAUCAUUUUGCCACUCUGGAUCACUUCAACUCAGUUGCUCGCGAUGUCUGCCGUCAAGAACAGGUUAACUUUGCAUCGGAUACCAAUGGCAACUACGGCAUGGAUUACGGCCGACUCGACACCCCGACCAAGCCCCUCCUAUUUUUCGAUAUCAGGAAAGUAGCCGGGAACAACUGUCCCCCCUUUCCCGACUUCUCUGCUCAGAAUCAUAACGAGGAAACUGAAAUGUGCUUACAGAGAUUCGCUACAAUUAUCAACUCGUGCGAUACGGCUGCCAAUGGGCAUGACUACUGGAAGCAAGGCGGCACUUUCACAAAAGUCUGUAUGCAAUGGUCCUUGACGCCAUUGUCAUGA